AAAGGAUUUGGCGUCAUUAGGUUUAGAGAAGGUCUUUCUGGAGCUAUAAACCGACUACGGGAAUCAACCCGUCCACAUGCACUAGAAAUGGCAACAGGAAAUGUCUCAUCAGGAGCUUUGUUACAAGUUGACAUAGAACACACAAAUUCUUGUGACAAAUCCAUGGAGUUGAUUUUUGUUGAGGAUACACGUGAACAAAAUUAUGGACUUGAUUCUCCUAAGGACUUCUUCCAAAAUAUUAUGACCAAUGGAGUGAACUCGCUUUCUCUUUUUCUGAUCAAAGAAUUUGAAAAAACUCUUGUCUCUAUUUUGGGUAAACGGGAUGAUCUGAAGACAAGUUCUAAUGAUGAAAGGGGAGGCACUGAUGCACAGUGGCUUUGAAGGAAGAUGCUCAUGAGAAGGUAAAGGCACCAGAGCCAACGAUUGGUCUAACUAAUUCUUCUUGGGCCAACUACUAUGAUCACGAAGAUUCUACUUUAGAGAGAUUUUUUGGCGACCCUUUUGAUACAUACUCAGGGAAUGAAUUUCUUGGUCACAUCUCGGAGAAUGAGAAGAGAGUUCCUAUUUCGACGCUUGAGGACCUUUGUAAUUCCGAUGAAAAUCGGAAUAUUUGUGAAGAAGCUUUGUUUGUGACGAGAGAAAAUUGUUUGCCUACUGGGAAUUUAAACACUCAAACAAAAAUGUACAUGAAGAAGAAUCAACGAUCACAUUUUUUGAGGAAUGGAUCUCAAACACGUGUGGGACUUUGAAGACUUGUGAGGUCACUUGGGAUUAUAUAGAGAUAAAGGACUUUGGGUUGGGUAAUAUUUGUACUUUUGUCGCUUUAUUUUUUUAUUUUUAUUCUUUUCCCUUAUGUACUCUUUCUGGUUCUUUUUAAUAAAAUUUCUUUCUUUAAAAAAAAUGAUAGUUGGC